AUUUAGAAAUAACAUAACAACAAAUAAUAUAGAGGAUUUCGUUAUUUUGCUUCACACUGCUGUCCAGCAGGUGGCGGUAAUGCACCUACAAGCUAGUUUACCAACCGCCAUUAAAACCAGAAGAAGAAGUACUCUCCAAGCAACCUAGUGGACUACACUUAUUCAUUUACACCGGAAACAUGUAUUAAUAGACUGCAGCAGAGAUAUAUAUAUUUAUAUAUAUUUAUAUAUAUACACAGCUUUUUCUGUGAUACGUCACCCGGAAGUCUGCUAAGCUAAUGGCGUUACUUUAGCUAACUAGCUAACGUUAACUGGACGCGGGGCUCGGUUUGGCGGUAACGUUAGAAAACGAGGACGUGAGGAGCUGAGUAUGGGCUGAAGAGCUCAGAGUCACUGCCAGCAUCUGUCAACAAUAAGCUGUCGGUGCUUGAAAAUGUCUAAAGUCCAAAUGCUGAGAGUGCUGAUGACUCGGAGACAAAGUGCGGCUGCUGAACAGAUCUGUGAGCUGUUGGACAGAGCCGUAGCACAGUGCAGGGACCGCUGUCCGUCAGCAGAGGACAACCGAGGACAACGCACACUGCUGGACCCACAGCUGGACCCACAGCUGGACCCACAGCUGACCAUCAGAGCAGAGAGAUGGAGCCAGUAGUGAUGGCAGUGCCACACUGAAGCUUCGAUACGUGCUUCAAACCCUGAACUACAAUUCCAUAGAACCACUGCUUCAGAGCUUGCUUUGGGGCCAAAAAAAAUCACGUGACAUAUGACGUCCGAAGCAGCAACCGCUUCAUUGCCUGAAUGAAUCAGCUGAUUCACUGGCACUGCCUCCUCUGGAUUCUAACAGAAGUCCAGCAGCAGCAGGAUCCAGAGCACCUGCACAUUAAAGAGGAACAGGAAGGACUCCGGAGCAGUCAGGAGGGAGAGAAGCUUCAUGGGCCUGUCCCAGUUAAGAGUGAAGAUGAUGAAGAGAAAGCUCCAUCCUCUCAGCUUCAUCAAAGACAAACUGAUAACCAGAUGAAAGCAGUGGUCAAUGGAGAGGACUGUGAAGGACCAGAACCAGCCAGGAAGCUGAGAGUGUUAGUGAAGCAGCGACUGACUGCGGUAGUUGAAGAGAUAUUUGGGCUGUUUGAAACAACCUUAGUAGAGUAUGAGGAGGAGAUUGAAAGUCUACACAAGCUGCUGGAGGAGGCUGUGAAGCUCCAGAUGAACACAGCAGCAGAUGUUCCACAGCUGAUGGUCAUUAAAGAAGAGGUUCCUUCUGAGCAGCAGGAGAGGAGGACCAAUCUGGACCAGGACGACAAAGAAGAGUUCCCACAUAUCAAAGAUGAACAGGAGGUGGUCUGGAGCAGUCAGGAGGGAGAGAAUAUUCAAGGACUGGAGGAAGAUGAUUUAACCAAGUUCACGUUCACUGCUGUCUCUGUGAAGAGUGAAGAUGAUGAAGAGAAAGCUCAGUUCUCACAGCUCCAUCAAACACAAACUGAUGAGCAGAUGAAAGCAGUGUCCGAUGGAGAGGACUGUGGAGGAUCAGAAUCAGCCAGAAUCUUGGGUCCAGCUUGUGAUUCACAGCAAGAGAUGAGUCUACUUCAGUCAGGUUUAGUAACUCUAAACUACAAUGAGGACUCUGUAAGUCAUAAAGAUUCUAAUCCAGUGGAAAAACUCUGUGUCGGCCAAACAUUUAGCAUACCAAACAUAAGAGUUGACACAGGAGGGAAACCAUUUAGUUGCACCAUUUGUGGGAAAGGCUUUCGUGAAAAAUCCGAUUUGAAGAGACACAUACGAUUUCACACAGGGGAGAAACCAUUCAGUUGCGUCUUCUGUGUUAAAAAUUUUACUGAAAAGGCAGAUUUGAAGAGACACAUGAGAGUUCACACGGGGGAGAAACCGUUCAGUUGUCCCAUCUGUGGAAAAAGUUUUGGUGAAAAAAACGAUCUGACAAGGCACAUCAGAGUCCACACUGGUGAGAAACCAUUUAGUUGCUCAAUUUGUGGCAAGAUAUUCAGCCAGAAUGAAAAUCUGCGCAGACAUGAAAGGAUUCAUACUGGGGAAAAACCUUUCACCUGUCCAGUUUGCACAAAGCCGUUUACCCACAGAGGAGCGCUUGUUGUACACAUGAGAAUUCAUACAGGAGAGAAACCGUUUGGCUGCUCAGUGUGUGGGAAAAGGUACAUAGAGACUGGAAAUCUGAAGAAGCACAUGAGAGUCCACACAGGAGAGAAACCUUUCAGUUGCAGUGUUUGUGGAAGAAGAUUCAAUUAUCAGUCUCAGGUCAAAAACCAUAAGUGCUCUGGUGAGAGCAGCGUAACCAUAGCCCAUAAUGCAUGAGGAUAUCCAAUCCCUUUCAGUUAGGACUGUGGUUAGGCAUGGAGCCACAUCUUAAUACUGCUCUCACACAGUCUAUGUUAAUGUGGAUUUUGGUAAAUUCUAAAAUAGUGGUCUUUAUUAGCUCAGCUGCAGAGAGAACCAGGUUUUGGUUUGGUGGGCGUAUAUUAGAGAUAGACCUUUAUAACUAAACUAUAUGAUAUUUCUUCUUAAGUACUUAAACCCUUUAAGAUUACACUCCUAGUCAUAUUGUACCACUAUUUAUCGAUGUAUGCCAAAAAAUAAAUGUCUUUGUAUUUAAACAUCGAAUAAA